UAUACGAACGCAUGGUAUGGUUGCAACACAUAGAAGGAAGGAUAAACAAAGGAAAUAUAAAAUAGUGUAGUAUCACAAAAGAAAAAAAGGCAAAAGAAAUAUCAAGUGCAUUUAAUUUAUAAUAAAAAUAAGCUUUUCCGAGGUAGUAUCAUCGACAAAGUGAAAGAACCCCCAAAGCUAAAGACCAUGAUGAAAAAAAUUGUGAUAUUUUUGGUGAUAGUUACCUUGAGUUUUAAUUACUGCUGCCAAGCGGGAAAUGUGGGCCGAAGUCGCUCUAGUUCAAGUAACUCACAAAGACGAAAUCACUAUGGAUCGCAGGUACCACAGUCAACCCAGGCCCCUGCUAUUACACCCAAAGAGUAUUUGGAUAAAAAAUCAGGCUUUUCUACCUUUGGUAUAAUCGCCAUUAUCUUUGUGGUAAUUGUUAGUUGUCUGGUAUUCUACUAUGGCAUAAUGUGCUAUCCCUUCUUAUGCCGCGAUGAAAAGAAAUAUCGAUUCAUGGAUGUAUCGUCGACCAUAACAGCGGCAACUUCUCGCUCCAUACAAUCAAUAGAAAAUUUUCCAGAGGACCAGAAGCAUGGACAGCAUAAUGAUGAGCAUAGAUUUAAAUAGGAACCCAUCCACUCCAUUUAAGUGAUGUAUGUAUACCGCCGGGCCUGAAUGGUGGAAUUUAAUCUAGCAUUUUCUUGCAUAGAGUAAGAUUUUCAUAAAUUUAAUCUACUUAUAAGACGACUUAUAAUACGACUUGCUCUUUAUAAUAGUUUAGCAAACAUUUUUCCCCAAAUGCUCAACAUAUCACAAACAUAUGUAUGUAGGUGGCCAUAAUUGUUUCGAAAACAUCGUAUCCCUCUAAAUGACUAUUAAUGUUGUUGCAGCUUUCCUUUUCCACUUCUUUUGUCGAAAGAAAAUCAAACAAAAUUUUACUGCUGUUCUCCCUCCUAAGUGCAACCACUGAAGUCGAGACAACAACAGCAAUUACCUUACAUAUACCCUCAUCACUCGCAGCCAUAACUUCUUCGAAUUGGGUUCGCUGUUAUAAUCUUAGAGCCACUAUUAUUGCCUUUGUAUGUUUUCUUUUUCUUUGAGCCGUCAGCCGCCGCCACUGCCGCUUCGUUGAUGAUAUUAUGUGGAAAUGGUAGUUGUUGCUAUUUUUGGACCUUCGUAUCUUUAUUAAGUGUGUAAACGUGGUUCACAAAUCCCCCUCCCACCGCUCACGCUCUAUUUGCCUAGUGUCUGUCGUUCACUGCUUUGUGUUUUCGUCUAGUUAGGCAUUUGUUUUUGGUACGCUGUCUUACUUGUUUAUGUUUUUAGUUUCCAUUACCCAUCUUCGAUUUAUCGCAUAGCCUGCUUGAAGGUAUCAAACAAGAAACCAGGUAUCCCCUUGUUAAAACUCCUUAUUUUUCUUUAUUAGUGCUUGCACUAAUGUUGUAUAUAGCAAUGUCGACAUUUCAAUGGAAAAAGUCGAAUAAUGUUUUCUGUUAAAAUACCAAAAAUGAUUCAUGUCGUGGGAAUGUUAAUAUUGUAAAACGAUUUUGGGGUUUCCUUAUUCUAGCUUCUUAACAACAGGAUUGGACUUAAAUCAAUAGUAUGGCAUUUAUAGCAGUUCAUAAUUAUUUUUGCCUGACAAAACCCAUGAAACAUUUUUAUGCUACCAUUUAAAGCAAUGACCCACUAGGUCGACUAUAAACUUUAGUUGAGUUACCAAAGGCCAAAUUUGUUCAUGAAAUUUAUAUUUCCGUAUUAGGUUAGUGUACGAUAGUUUGAAAAGAGGGUGCGGAUAUUAAUCCGUCUCAUGCCAAUAUGGACAUACACCUAAUCCAGUAAUCGGCUUGUUUUGCGCUUCAAAAACUAAUAAGUAACCUCGAAAAAGAAAAUUUUAAGUUAGGAAUUCCGUGCUACUCACAAAAUCCUUAAUUGUUUACCAUACCACUCCCCUAAGUUGGUUCAAGUCUGGUAUAGUGUCCCCACCUGAGUACCGGUGUCUUUUAGCCGCGAAAGCAGGGCAAUGACAUAGGAAAUGCUCCAACGUCUCAUCAUCUUCCACACAUGCACUACUACACCGAUUUUGCAUAAGUGAGCUCGUAGUCCUAUGUGUCCCGUUUUGAUACCAAAAGUUAUACUUACCUUCUUACUUCAUUUCAGUAAUAGACUCGUCCUCUCACGAUCCGGAAUACUCCAUAGGAUUUUCGCCGUCCUACCGACUGUUUUGCUGUUCCACAGUGUCAUAUGCGCGUUCGUUGCCCAUGGACUGCGUCGACCCGAGUUAACUAGAUAUUGACUGUAGUUCUCUGGCCUUCACCGCCAAAUCGUCUGCUCUUUCUUUCAUUCUCCCUUACUCUGUUAUGGCCCAUCAACCAAACGAUGUGGUUUGUGCCAUUCUCAGAGAAGGCGUUAAUCAACUUCUCGCACUGCAAAACUGUUCGUGACUUUCCUGGUUGUUAUUGCCCAUUUACUGUCCGUAGAGAUGUUCACACUCGACGUCCUCACGUCAGCACCAAAUCACCUCACGCAUUCCGUUAUCGCCCGGAUCUCCUCCUGCCCUAUUAUGGUCAGGCAGUCUAAAAUAGAUCUCAGUCUCUGGGUUCUCAAUGUAGACCAGGCCCUCUCUGUCCACUAGCUUUGAUCCAUCUGUAUAGCUUGAUCUUCCAGAUGGCAAUACUAGGGUUCCGUCAAUCCAAGACUGUGCCGCUGGCAUCAGUGCCUCGCACUCGGCCUCAAGUGUCGUCUCAGGUAUCCAAUCGGAAACCUCUUUAAUUCCUUCCAGGUUUCCUAUCGUCACCUCGAUUAUACCGCUGCUGCUCCUAUCCUAAAUCCAUUCUCCCAUCGCCUUAACUCGUAGUGCCUGCCUCACACUUAACCUUUAUGUCAAUGGUUCGGAUAUCUAGAAUAGUCUCCAGUGCCCUAGUAGGCGUGGUCCUCAUCGCUCCGCCUAUGCCAAGACAGCAUGUUUCCUAAACUGCGGUAUGGGUCUUAUGUUGCACUUUUUCCCCCAUUGCGUCCACCAAACUACUGAGGCGUAAGUAAUAAUUUUGCUCCUGAAGAGCCAGUGGACUAUCCCGGAUUCAGGCUCAUUUCGAGUGCCCAACAUCUGUGAGCCUUAUCAAUACGCUCCUGAGUGUGACACUUCCAAUAACUAUCCUAUGGCAGCCGGUUUUACGUACCGGAUUCACCCGAUGGAGUUCUCCAUCGGCAAGGGCAGCCGCCUCAGUGUACAACACACUGCUACAACAACAACACUUCCAAUAAAGUUUCCUAUCCAAGAUCAAUCCUAAAUAUUUGACCUUGUCAGAUAUCAUUAAAUUGUCACACCUUCCUUCGUGAACAGGCAUAUUUCAGUCUUCUGUAUUAAGUUGCAUAUGUUUUUACAAUUUAACAAGUAGCUGAACGCUCCAAAAGAGGAAAUUUUUACUUAUUUUUAUUUCAUGGUUUUACCUCCUGGCAACGCUACUAUAGUUGCGCGACCAUUCAUAGUCGACUCCUAGAUGUCGCUCUAUGGCAGUAAAAAACAAGAGAAAUUAAGAAAAAAACGCCCACGAUAAGAAAAAAAACGCCCACGAUAAGAAAUUAAAGGAGCCACUCCAGACACCUGCAACCUUCCAUAAUGACGAUAGGACCGUGUGUAAGAAGAAAGUAGAGGUAGCAGAGAGCGGUUCGCCGACCAUACUGUACUUUCUUGCUAUAAUUGCAGGCCAGUUGGAAAAAAGGUUUUCAACCAUCUCCAACUCCAUUUCUAAUCGGUGGGAGUUUCCUUCAUUCAGUCAUUUUGGACACAUGUAUGAGGGAGCGCCAUACCAAGAGAGAGUUCAGGAAUGAAAAGAGAUGUUUGACUACAAUUCUGAGACCUCUUUCCACAAUUACAGAGUAGUGACGCAAAAGGUUUACAAUUAUCUCCAACUCCUAUUCGUCACCAAAAAACUUUGUCUGCUACAGCAUGCUGUUAAAGAUCUGAAAUCACAGCGAUGAGCUACGAUUCCUAACAGUAGCUCGAGAUCGUGCUUCAAUCCCAUGGCAGCCGGUUGUACGUACCAGAUUGACCCGAUGGAAUCCCAUCGGCAAGGGCUGCCGUCUCGGUGUACAACACACUGCUACAACAACAACAUCGUGCUUUUUCAGUUCCAGUAUAACUUCACAGGAUCUUGGCCACCCUGCAAUUUACAGCAUUAGCCUACGCACCUUUUGUGCGGUUCUCGUAGAAAUCCUUAUAUCCUUCUACGAAACUCCCACAAUCCCAUGGCAGCCGGUUGUAUGUACCAGAUUGCCCCGAUGAACUCCCUUAUCGGCAAGGGCUUCCGGCUCAGUGUAUAACACACUGAUACAACAACAACGAAACUCCGAAAUAGCAGUUUUUAUGAUUCAUCAACACUCGAUCAACAUUCAUCAACUAUCUAUUUCUGGCUAACUCGUCAACUUCAUGAUAUAUUUCUGAUGCUUGAUUGUCCGCAAACCAGCAAUGACUCUUCCCUCAUUGGAAGUUUUGUAUCUUAUGCGCCACUUGAUUGUCCAUGCCUGAUUGGGCAACAGCUUCUACAUCGAAAUCAACAGCAUGGUCUUUUUGUCUGCGAAAAAUUUCGCUACAUUGUUCAGAAGCCUUGGCAACCCCUCCUAUUUGGAUUCAUACGUGUACACAUAAGGUCAAGGGAAAAACGGAAUAAUCCCACAAUAAAUAGUGCAUCUCUCCGCAUAUACCCUGCCAUCAAGCCUUAUCACAAACCUCCCACAGAGCAGAAAAGUGUCCAAAGUUUAAGGAACCCCAGGUUCCUGACUGCCUCAGUCUAAAGCCAAGUACUGACUUCGACUUUUCGCACCAAUAACUGCUGAAACGCAUAUAAAAAAAAUGGUGACGAUGAAAAUGCGAAGGCAUUCCUUCGAAGUGGUAUUGAGUUCUAUGAUCAAAAUAGUAGCGACUUGUCGCUGCGUCAGUAUAAAUUAUGCUUCAAUCAGUAGUCAUUGUGUAAAUGGAAAUGUAGAAAGCAAAGUCUUUCUAGUCCAUAGGACCGAUCGCCAAUGCCUGUUACCUGCUUUCUCUGUUGUUGUUGUAGCGGGUAUGUUGUACACUGAGGCCGGCAGCCUUUGCCGACGAAGGACUCCAUCAAGUCAAUCCGGUACGCACAAUCGGCUGCCAUGGGAUUGCUUUCUCUGUUGUUGUAUCAGUGUGUUAUACACUGAGGCGGCAGCCUUUGCCGACGAAGGACUUCAUGGGGUCAAUCCGGUACGCACAAUCGGCUGCCAUGGGAUUGCUUUCUCUGUUGUUGCAUCAGUGUGUUAUACACUGAGGCGGCAGCCCUUGCCGGUGAAGAACUCCAUCGGGUCAAUUAGGUACGUACAACCGGCUGCCAUGGGAUUACUUUCUCUGUAGGUAGGUUCAUGCUACUGUGUCUCGCUUCUUGUGACUGGGCAUAAUAUGCUGAUGUUUCAAGUACUUUGCACCUUUUCUAACGUAACUUACUUCUUUGACUGUUUCGAAAUCAAAAUUAAACAUGUAAGAGAAGGCACCAGCGGUGCCGUCUAUAUAAUCUUAUAUAUAAAAUUCAAUUUGUGUUUGUUUGUGUGUUCCUUAUAGACUCAAAAACGGCUAAACCGAUUUUCUCUGUGAAAUUUUCACAAAUGGUAGAGUUUGGGUCCCCGGUGAAAAUAGGGUACUAAAUUUAUUGAUAUCCGAAGAGGGGCGCACCCUCCCCCAUACCUCAAUUUUCAAAUACGCCAGAUCUCGGAGAUAGGUGGUGCGAUUUAAGAAAUUUUAUGUGCUCUCUUAUAGUAACCUAAAAACAUAAAUUUGGUGUCCAAAUUUCGGAUAGGGUACUUAGAGGGGCCGCCCCACCCCCAAAACUUACCAAGUAUAUAUAUAUAGACCAAUCCCGUGGGUAUGGGACUCAAGUGAAAGUUAUUUAAAAUAAGAAAACGUAUCUGAUAUCCAAUUGUCGGACGAAGUGUUUGGGGGACCACCCCAACUCCCAAAAUACCCCUAAAUGGGAUAUAUAUACCGACCAUGGCAAUAGGGGACUCAAAUGAAUACGAAUCUGGUAUCUAAAUGUCGGACCAAGUUUCUGGGGGUCCACUCCUUCCCUAAAACACCCCCAACAGGACGUAUUUACUGACCAUGGCAAUGGACUUAUAUAAAAGGUAUUUGAGUGUAGAAUACGAAUCUGAGAUCCAAAUGCGGGGCCAAGUGUUUGGCGGGCAGCCCCUACCCAAAAACAUCCCCCAAAGAGGACAAAUUUACGACCACAGCAAUAUGGGACUCAAAUGAAAUGUGUUUGGAUUUGAUAUCAAUAUUCGAAAAAAAGUGUCUAUGGGGCCAACCCACCCUCAUAACACCACCCUAAUAGGAAGUAUUUGCAGACCUUUGCAAUAUGGGGCUCAAAUAAGAGGUAUUUUAGAGUAGAACAUGAACCUGAUAUAUGACCAAACCGGUCAUAUAUGCCGACUACGUAAAUACGGGACUCAAAUGAAAGGUAUUUGGAAGUAGACCUCGAAUCUGAUAUCAACAUACUGGACCAACUGUCUAGAGGACGUCACACCACCACAGAAACUCCCAAAUAGGACGUAGUUGCUCAUCAAGUCAAUUUGCGUCUUCUAGACAGUGGAGCACGAUAUUGAUAGUUUUUAGGGCCCAUAUCCCAAACCGGACAUAUUUGCUGACUUUUGCAAUAAGGUGUUUGAGAUUAGAAAAAAAUUUGAUAUCCAAUUUUGAGGCCAAUGGCAAUACGGGGUUCAAAUAAAUUAUAUAUAGAUAUAUGAGAACAGAGAAAGAUGCUGAUAUAUUUUCAGGGCUAAGUGUUUGGGGGACCUCACCCCCGAAAACAUCCCUAAAUCGGACAUCAUGAGAAUAUCGGGCUCAAAAAAAGUCUUAAGAAUGGAGUACAUCUAACAUCCUAAUUUAAAUGGCAUUAAACCCUCCAAGCGAUUUCGUGGUCCAAUAAAGAUCCAAUGGGAUUCAGAUUAAGGCACUUAUAUUGUUAUACUGUUAGUCAAGCGAUAUGCAUAUACUAUUUUCGUAGCAUGAUAUUGGGUUGCCCAAAAAGUAAUUGCGAAUUUUUCAUAUAGUCGGCGUUGACAAACUUUUUCACAGCUUGUGACUCUGUAAUUGCAUUCUUUCUUCUGUCAGUUAUCAGCUGUUACUUUUAGCAUUACUUUCAUUUAAAAAAAUCCGCAAUUACUUUUUGGGCAACCCAAUAUUUUACUAAAAGCUUUUUAAUUGUCGAAAAUAAAUAUUCAAAGGUUGAUUUUGUUCCAUAUAAAGGUUCAGCUAGUGCACUAUAUAUACAUAGUCCAUAUAAUAAUAUCGCCUAUUUAACGUUUAUAGGUUAAUUAGGCGAUGUCAUAAUAUGGUUGCCAUAUCUAAAUCUAAACUGAAUAUGAUGGAUUGCGACUGAGGUGUUCAUAUGGCUAAUAAAACAAUGUGUAAAAAAUUUCUUGAAGGUCGGUUGAACAUUGUAGUUUCUACCUAAAAAGUGCAAAUCGGGCGAUGCAUAUACGAGUAUGUUUAUGGCAGCUAUAUCUAAAUUUAAAACAAUUUCGAUAAAAUCUCUUUCUCAUACUCUUUUUUUAAUAGUAGUAGUUAAGCAUUCUAGUUUUCCAUUGUACCAUUCCCAGAAAGAUCGCAAGUUCAAAUGACAACAACAAGUUCCCAGAGUUUUUACAAAUUAUUUCCAGUAAUUGAAAUAGUGCGCCAGUUUUAGUUAUAAGCGAACAUUACUGAAUAUCAGGAAGAAUUUGUUAGGUUGAGUUUCCUGUUUUUCAAUUUUCGGAAGAUAUGGAAAUACCAUUUUAUCAGCAUAUAGAUCAACACUGCCAGUUGAUUGCAUUUAACUAUAUAGCCUUUUGUUAUUAGAACAUGCAUAACAUUUCCGAAGAACCCAAUCAAGAGAGCACACACGGUUUAUUAUUUAUAAGGUAUCUUUUUAGCCAAGCUUGCCAUCCAUGUAUGUUCCUCCUAUGCUGUUUUGAUAAAUUUUUUUGCGUAUUAGUGGAAGUUGGUCGUAUUAAUGUGGGGUGAAAACUCGACAUGGCAACCAACCAUUCGUCAUUAAAUGUGAAAAUUCUGCUUUAUAUCUCACAAAUGGGCAUUAUCUCGAAUAUCGUUGCUGUCGUUCUUUCAGUGUUGUACUUCCCAUAUCUAGAGAGAUCAAUUAUAACCAGGUAUGGAAGUUUUAGUUCUUUUACAGCAAAAUUACACUUUUUAAUUGUCAUUCUUUGAAACAUAAUUUGUAGUAAACUUUUGUGAUCAAAUAGUCUUUUUCAAAGACU